AUGCCACUUUCCGCGGACUUGAUCUCGUUCGAUCACGCUCUCAAACUGUUCAAUGAUUUGCCGAAUCCAAAUCUCAUCUCUCACAAUACAUUGAUCAAGUGCUCGAUCGGAAAGUCCCACAAAAUCGCAGCCGUCGCUUAUAACAGAAUGCGAGAGUCGGGCAUUUUGGCAAACAGGUUCACUUUCACAUUUCUGCUUAGUUGCUUCGCGUCGUUUCAGAAGCUACGAUGCGGCGAGACGGUGCACGGUCAUGUUUUGAAGAUCGGAUAUUCGUGUAGCGUGUUUGUGAUGAACAAUCUCCUGGAUUUCUACAGUAAGUGCGCGGCGGAUUUGGGUGAAGUCGUGAAGGUGUUCGAUGAAAUGUCUGAGAGAGAUGCUGUCUCGUGGAACACGAUGAUCAGGGCGUACAUGAGCUGCGGGAAGGUAGCUUGCGCGAUGAGGCUGUUCGAGGCGAUGCCGGGGAAGAACUUGGUGUCGUGGAACAUUGUUGUUUCGGGGCUCGUGAAGGGAGGCAGGAUGGAGCUGGCUGAUGAGGUUUUCCAGCGAAUGCCCGAGAGGAAUAGCGUGUCUUGGAACACGAUGAUCUCGGCUUGUAAACUCCAUGGGAAUAAGGAUUUGUUGGAGUUUUUGAACAGAGAGAUUUUGGAACAAGAACCUAAUAAUGCCAAUUAUUUGAAGCUGAUCACAGACUUGAGCUCUUCUGCUGGGCAGUGGCAGGAGGCCUCGAUUUUUCGAGUGGCUGCUCGAGAACAGGGGCGGAUGGUUACCGGUUGCAGCUCGAUUCAUGUGGGAGAAAGUGUUCAUGAAUUUGUUGCUAAAGAUACCAGCCAUCCACAGAGAAAGGAGGUUUAUAAAGCUUUGAGGAGUUUAAAUAGACAAAUGAAGCCUCUAUUUGGUGUCAAUGUAGAUUCAACUGUGUCAGGUUAA